CUGUGAUACGUAAUGCAGAAGUAUGGCACACGCUGCAGCGUAACGGUAUAGGCACACUUAACCGGUAUUCCACUGGAAUAUCUGCUCCUUAACGCAACGACCAACCGAUGUCCCUCUCUAUCUAUCUACUGACUGUUUUUCAUUUCUGCAGAAACUUAUUUAUAUCGAGAGUUGUGCAGUUCUCCGUCGGAGAGCGCCGAGGAGAGGUUUUAUAUGCUUUGGAAGUGGAUCUUAUUUGCGUAUUGUUUCUUUCUUGGUUUCCUAUUACAGACCCUGGCGAUUGAGGGAGUGAGCGGAGCAGAGAGCGAGUUCCGCUAUGUAAACUGACAGCAUCAUAUGUCUUGAAUUCCAGAUUCUUCGCAAGAAAUCUAAAGGAAAAAACGCUAACAAAUACAAGUGACAUUUGUUGGGAUGUGGAAUAAUUUAUAACUAACUGAAUCGUCCAAAAACAAAGCCGAGAUAACGGAAAGGAAAAGGAUACGGAAUCUGUCGUCAGUGUACGCGACUGCGGAGAGAACUGGCAGAGAGAGUAGGCCUAUUGCAUUAUUAUCAUCACAACUGCUGAACAGAGAAGCUUACAGAAGAGAACGAAUACUACGGCUGCCAGAGGCUGUGCCCACCCGGUCUAUCUCUCCCCUGUCACUCAUCCGUCCACCAGCGAAUCAACGGCCUUGCUGAGACUGGGCGGGUCCUAUCGGAGCCAUGGGUGAGGCUAAGGUCCUGCUGUUGGUUCUUCUGAUUGGUUGGGAGAAGUCGUUGUGUCUCAACUGGAACCCAGUCCCACGCAAGACGGUCAGAUACCGCGAGGUGCUGGACAGCAUGGCCAGGUUCCGGGCUCUAGGUGUGUGGAACUACACCAUGGCGACUCUAGCAGAACACGAGAGGGUUCUGUAUGUAGGAGCUAGAGAGGCCCUGUUCGCCCUGGACCCUAACGACAUCAGCAGACAGCUACGACCUCAGAUUGAGUGGCCAGCACCACAGGAGAAGAAGAGAGAGUGUGCCACCAAGGGCAAGAACAACCAGACGGAGUGCUUCAACUACAUCCGCUUCCUGCAGAGCUACAACCACACCCACCUCUACACCUGUGGAACCUACGCCUUCCAGCCCAAGUGCACCUACAUCAAUGCAGACCACUUUAGUCUCAACCCUGGCUCCCUUGAGGAUGGGAAGGGCAAGUGUCCCUACGACCCAGCCAAGGGCCACACAGGCCUUAUAGUGGACAAGGAGCUGUAUUCAGCCACACUGAACAACUUCCUGGGUACUGAGCCUGUGAUACUGAGAAACCUGGGACAGCAACACUACAGCAUGAAGAGUGAAUACCUGCCGGCCUGGCUCAACGAACCUGACUUUGUGGGCUCGGCCCUGGUGAGGGAGAGCAGUGGAAGCAAGGAGGGGGACGAUGACAAGAUCUACUUCUUCUUUAGUGAGAGAGCUGUAGAGCUGGACUGUGACACGGAGCUCACUGUGGCCAGGGUGGCCCGCGUCUGCAAGGGUGAUCUGGGGGGCACCAGGACCCUGCAGAAGAAGUGGACCACCUUCCAGAAGGCCAGGCUGGUGUGUUCUCUCCCCGAGCGACACGUCACCUUCAACAACCUGCGGGCAGUCUUCACCCUGCCAGGCACCGACUGGCGCACCACCACCUUCUAUGGCAUCUUCCACGCCCAGUGGGGCGAUGUGGAUGUGUCAGCAGUGUGUCAGUACCAGAUAGGGGAGGUGAAGAAGGUGUUUGAUGGCCCUUAUAAGGAGUACAGAGACGCGUCGCAGAGAUGGGGGCGAUACACUGGCACUGUCCCCAGCCCACGGCCCGGAGCGUGUAUUACGAGCUGGCAUAGGGAGAACGGCUACAACAGCUCUCUUCAGCUGCCAGACGCCACCCUCAACUUUGCCAAGAAGCACCCUCUGAUGGAGGAGAAGGCUCAGGCUCGCCCCCUACUGCUCACCAAGGGCAUCAACUUCACCCGCCUGGCAGUGGACCGGGUCAGCGCCCUGGACACGCGGGCAUAUAACAUGCUCUUCUUAGGCACAGCGGACGGCUGGUUACAGAGGGUAGUGAUCCUCGGCUCGGAGGCCCAUGUGAUUGAAGAGAUACAGCUGUUUGAUUCUCCCCAGCCAGUGGACAGCCUGACCAUCUCUCACACCAAGAAGUACUUGUACAUUGGCUCACGUUCAGAAGUGCUCCAGCUUCCCUUGGCUAACUGCAGCCGCUAUCAGUCGCAGCCAGACUGCCUUCUGUCCCGAGACCCCUACUGUGCCUGGGACAGUGAGGGUCGCGCCUGUGUCCGCAUCGACCUCCACCGCGGGUCUACCUCCUCCCUGUCCCAGGAUCUGAUGCUGGAGAGAUUCAGCAGGGGCAAAGCCAAGUUUGACAAGCCUGUGGCCAUCCCCAGCCCUGACAACUCUCGACUGAGGAAUGUGACAGUAGUGGUAGAAUCAGACAUGGUGCUGCCCUGCCAGCUGGUGUCCAACCUGGCCCAGCCCUCCUGGCUCCUCAAUGACCGGGAGCUGCAGCUAGGAGACGAGGAGGCCGGGGGGCCACGCUUCGACCGGGCCCUGAAGGCUCUGGUGGUCCCCAACGUGAUGCCUGUGCACGCAGGACGCUACGUGUGCUACUCCGAGGAGCAGGGGGUCAAGUUUCAGACGGAGCGCUACCAGGUGUCGGUGGUGGCCAGUUCUCCUGUGGUCAUGGCAGCCCGGGCCCCUGACGGCAGCAUGGGUCUGUUCUGGGUGCUGGUUAUCACCCUGGGGGCCGCUUGUCUACUACUACUGGUGGCAGCUCUGUAUCUGAGGAGGCGUCUGAAGCUGGCCAUAGGUAAAGGAACGGAGAUGAAGCCCCUGGAAAGCACCUUGGUCUACCCCAUCACCCUGCCCAAGGAGCCACCUACCUUCGUGCCCAGCAAGAUGCCCAGCGACGAGGACCGCUUCUGGGAGACGGGCGCCAACUACUACUACUCAGACGGCUCGCUGAAGAUCGUUCCCGGCCACGCCCUGUGCCCCAGCAGCCAGUCCCACCACCACGCCCCCACGGCGUCUCCCAGCGCCAUCCCCGGUCAGCCCAUCCACUCCCCCAGCCGGCUCAGCCUCACCAACAUCAGGGGCUCCGGCAGCAACGGCUACAUCCGCCUCAACCUGAGCUCGGCCGGGGAGGAUAGGGUUAGCGGGGGUGGUUCUGGUGGAGGAGGGCUGGGGCUGGGGCUAAGCGGGGGCGGGAACGACUAUUCCAGCCCCUUCAAGGAGGAGCUGCGUCGGACCCUGCAGCAGAGGAGCGUGCUGCCCGACGCCAACCCUGAAGAGUCGUCUGUGUAGCAGCAGUCGUCUUUCUCCACGCCCGUUGUAAUGAAGAAAAAAAUGAAAAAAUAGACAACGAACGGCAACUAACCUACCUCCCUCCUUUAGAGGACGCCUCUCUCUCUCUCUCGACACCACUCUCGCUCCAUGCUCUCUCUCUCUUUUUUUCUGCCAGUGCUCGUUUGGCUGACUGUGACUGGUGGUAGAUGUUUCUUUUGCACACAGCAUGUGAUGUGACACACACCAACCCGUUCCUCAGCAUCCUCUCCUGUUAUUGUGUUCCCAUACGCCACACUGACUGUCACACUUUACCUUCUUCACCAGUUUCACUUGCUUUCACUGUGCAAAUCCCAAGCUGUGUAAAUUCGGUAUUUAAAGACAAUUGAACUCAGAGAGCCUACACCUCAAACAAAUGGAGAGAUUUCCUGAGAGAACUCCUUCAGGAUAAGAGACGACCAACAACUCAUGACAAGGUUGCAGCUUCAGGGCUAAACCAAUAAAGCAAGCAGCACGAGUUGACUGACUGAAAGAUGGAGGAGCUGGCUUGCUUUUUUCCCUGUUCUGUUGAGGACUAAAUCAAUGUUGUAUUUGUGAGCAAAGAGAGUGAGAGAGUCACAUAAAAGACAAAUGAAUCCCAAAAACAAUGACGACAAUCACGUUCCCCUCUCAGGGGGUAAAACCUGGGAAGGAACGAGUGGGACAAAGAGAGAGAAAAUGAAGUGAGUUUUGUUUGAAAGACAUGGGGUUUUACAUGAAGGACAAACUCUUAAUUAGACUUUCUCGGCUCAAUUUGUACUUUUUUCACAUUGCCAGUCUAUCCUCUGAGAAAGUCUUCAACCCCUGCCACAUUGAUAUAUUGUGACAAUUUAAAUUAAUUUAAAAUAACAUUUCUAUGUUCUUUUUCUAUGUCUUGCGGACUACGGAAGCGACAAAUAGAGACCAAUGGCUUUAAAGCGCCUCUCUGUGAAUGAGAAUGUGAUGGAAGCGUGUACAAACGUCUCAUAUCCCUGCACAAAGUAGAUAUCUCCCCAAAUAACCUCCACACUAGUAAAUACAUUUUCGCACUACUUUUACAAUAACUACACUACACAUUUACACAAGUGGUUGAUGGGAAUUUAAACCCCUUCUGAUGCUUAUACACUUCCUUGGGAUAUGGUUAUGGACAUGUCUGUUUGACAUAAUCCCACAACAGAACCUACAAUAGCACACUCGCUUAUUAUUCUGAAUUUCAGACGAGACAAAGGCAUUGUUUUCAGUAAAGUAGCAGGGAUGGCACGGGGGAAUGUAGGUCAACUCUCACUAAACUGUUGCGACUGCAGUGGAUGUCUCAACAAUUGCUUUACAUAGUAUGUUUGUGUCUGGGCGGGGUUGGUGGCGAGUUGAACUGCCAAAAAGACCUCCCUCCCUGCACCGCCCUGAAUGCCAAACGUGGUGGAUGUACUAGUGUGUCCUGGAGGGGACGGAGCAGCACUGUACCUGGACACGCCCUUUAACCACUUAUUUCCCUAAACCCCACCCACCUACCUAAUGACGUCCAGAGAAUGACCUGGCACCACUGUGGAAAGCCUGAACACAGAGAGAAGGAUGGACACUCAACUGUAAACACACACUGCCCUGUGCUGUUGGAGGGACAAGCAGAGAACAGCUGGAAGAUAGAUGAAUGGCCUGUGACAAACCAACAGCUCCAGAGAGCAAUCAGAGGCACAUCAAUCAGAGGGGUGGCUGUGUGACACAUCAGCAGGGACCAGAGAACAACACAAGACAAAGAAAGAAACAAGAGGGUGACGACGUUUCUUUCUUUCUCUCCACAAUGUAGACUAGAGACAGCUGAAGGCGAUGUAGAAUAUUGCAACGAUCCCUGAGUUGAAGAGGUACUUACUUACUUGGCCAUCAGUGGUUAGUUCAUCCUAGUGUUGCAUGACCUUCUCUGCAAAUGUACUGUACACAUCUCCGAUAACAUGCUCAUAAUUGUAAAAGAAGUUUAUCAUGUUUCAAACUUUUGCCUACACUGAUGUUCUCUAGGGAAAAUAGAAUAUAUGGUUAGAGUUGUUAAGGACUUCAUCACGAAUACUUCUUAAUAUGUUUUCUUUUGCCGUGCCUCUUCACCUUCGGAUGAGCCAAAGUAGACUGCAGUUGCUUUUUUUUUUCUUCAACAUUAUUAUUUAAUAUUAUUUUAUUAUUCCACUUUGAUAUUUAAGUUUCAACAGUCCGUCCAACUUCACUUCAAAGAACUCUCAUGUCUAGAACUUUCCUGCAUAUUUUAUUUAGAGCUUAAUUUCUUUCAGAAGGCAAAAUGUUUGUGGCUGGUCAACAUCCUGUUUACAUGUCAGUAGUAAUCUACUGAAGCAAACCCCUGAUUCCCUAGCUCAUGAAAAGGUAAACAAAAAUCUUUAACCGUCAUAGAACCAACCAAGCACAGCAACCUCCUUAAAACCAAAUGAUAACUCAUAAUUUGAUGAUCUAAGGUUUGAUACUAAAUCUUAAAUAUUUAUAGAUGCCUUUAAUUUGAACAUAUGUACGUUUUAAUAUGUUACCAAGCACUGGUUCAGACACUUAACCAUCUAUUAUGCAUCAACAGCUACAGGAGCUGUUAAGAUUGGUAUAGAUAUUUAUCUGAUUUGUCUACCAAUGGACAUUAUGUCUGAUAAGUCAUGAAACUGUCUUAAAAGAAAGUUCUCCAUCAAACUCACAAAAGGGAUGUUAGGCUAAGGGAUGUUGGGGAGGCAGGUAGCCUAGCGGUUAGAGCGUUGGACUAGUAACCGAAAGGUUGUAAAAUCGAAUCCCCGAGCCGACAAGGUAAAAAUCUGUCGUUCUGCCCCUGAACAAAGCAGUUAACCCACUGUUCCUGGGCUGUCAUUGAAAAUAAGAAUUUGUUCUUAACUGACUUGCCUAGUUAAAUAAAAUGCUAAAGCUACCAAAAUAAAUAUUUGCCCGUGUGUAACAAUUCUGGAUAUAGAUAGGCUAGUUAUUACAAUAUACCUGUCAAAAACAAUGCCUUCCACAGUCUUCUCAAGGCUUUCGAUUCUGCUGUUAUUCAAUAUUAUUAUUGUUAUAUUAUCAUUAUUAUUCAUUUCUUCCUUUUUGGCUUUAAGUUGCAAAGGUUCCUCUGCCUGUUCGUUCACAAUCUUUUGUUUGUUUUUUAAAGGAUGUUAAGUAACUUAUUUCGCUUGUACAAACAUGUCGAUAUUUAUUAUCAUUGUACAUAUGUCCUUAUUUUUUAUAUGUGUAUAUAUACAUGAAUAAAAGUAGAGAUCGACCCAGA